UUGCUUUGAGCGACACUUAGCUUUCUGUCUCCGUGUUUGCAAGAGCUAUGCCUCUCUAGGUGACCCAGGCGUGGUUUAUAAAGGGGUUUGGAGCCCUGCAAGGGAGACAUACAUACUGCGCACGCAAGCCUUCUCUGAGAGAAGAACAGAUUUGAAAGAGAGAUACAGUCAGAGACCUUUAUGGAGACAAAAAGCGGAGCAAAGGUGGCAUAAUUAAUGAAUAUGUCAAAGGCCUCUAUGAUCUAAUAGUAUCUCAGCAUGUGAAGCACUUUUGACACCUUCAGUGUCCCUGAAUAUAAUGACUUCAUCAGAUCUCACUUACAUUUAAUAUGUAAAACAUUGUACAGCCAUUGGUCAUGAAGUGAUUGCGGAUAUGGGAAGCACAUUGAGGUUAAAAAUGUCAAACAAAGGCAAAUGAUGUGACACUUUGAAAGAAUUAAACUUUUAGCAUACUGACCAAUUACAAUUCUUUCUCCAUCUGUGUGUUUCUCAUAGGGAAUGAGUAGCUUAGGGAUACUCAACACAAAAAGCCACUGAGUCCUAAAAGAAGGGAUGCAUCAUGAACAGGUACUUCUUUCAAAAAUAAAAAUAAAACAUGGUGAACUGACAUUGCCUUAACACAUGAAAUAAAUCAUUCAGGCCUAAUUACGCAUAUUGCCAUGAAUUCCACUGAUAAGAAGACUUUACACUCGCUUACACCACUACAGGGAUAUAUUAGGCCAUUAAAGCUGAUAUCACAAAUAUUUACAUCAGCAUUGCCAUUUUUAUUCCACACACGACCCUGUGCAACUUCCAUAUGUAACAUUUUCCUUUUCUCUUGGAAAUUGCUUAUUCUGUCAUCUCUUUGCCAAAAGGUGAACUGGGAGGACUGAGACAGAACCAGUGACAUUUUCAAAGUCAGAUAACAUAGAAGUCUUAUUAUGAGUCAGACUAAAAUAAAACACAUUUUUAUCUGUGUAUCCACAUAGCCAAAGGUCGCUCGUUUAGGAAAUUACAAUGGGGAUGAUGAAUUUGUAAUUAAUGUGAUGAUAAAAAGCAAACAAAAUGGCAUUUUAGGGGGGUGUCCACCCUGACAGAGAUUAACACAGUGUCAUAGAAGUGACCUGUGGAGGUUAUGGGAGCAAUAUCAAAAUGCUAUGGACCAUACUUUUUUAUAAAUGUUUGUUUUAUGGACAAUUAACAUUGUAGAUGAAACUGUAUAUUUUGGUCCCACAUAUUGUAUUAUUUGUUUUUGCUUGUUUUGUUUCAAUACACAGAUGAUAGCAUUUAUACUGUAUUUUAUUCUGUAAUGGCUGCAUAGCUAUAAAAACUGACUUAGGGUUUGCCAACUGGCUAGCCUGGGCUAUAGCUGUAAUUGGGCUGUUUUUUUAUUUUAUUUUUAUUAUCCUAUAAUGUUGAACAAUAAUGAUAAUGAGAACAUUGGUUUGUUUGCAAUGCUGGAACUAGAAGUAAAUGUAGUUUUACUUUCAAAUCGUUCUGAGAGAAAGUGGGUGUGAGUCCAACACAUUUGUACAAUAACUCUACAGAACAAAGGAAUAAAAGAAUUACUUAAACACAAACUGUCACAAGAAUUUGCAUUAUAGUGUUUAUUAUCUCAUAAAGGUCAAACUACAGGACCCUGAAACCAUUCGCUGACUAAAUUCGGUUUUAGUGUAUCAAUCUGUACCACAUUGAUAUGCCAUCACCCCAUGGUCUUCACCAAAGACAAAUGGUAGCACAUAUGCACAAACUGUAUUGGCUAUAACCACUCUAUUUUACAUUUUAGAUAAAGUUACUGUGAUACUAUCAAUCAUUAUUACUUUCACUGGAAUAACAUCCACCGCAGUUGCAAAAACUGUUUGAUGAUAGACAGGGAUUUUCCACAAAUGGGCGUGGGAGGCUUUGUAGUAAAAAAAAUUGCUGUCCCUGUGCCUUUAAGACAAUUUGGCUUCGCUCAGCCAAUCAGAUCAACGAAGGGGGAGGGAAGGGAGCGGGUGGGUAGCAACAGUUGCCCUGGUGAGGACGAAGCGCCAUAGCCACGGUAGCCCUGGCGACAAGAACCCAGCAACGAGAAUCAACAACAACAACAACUGAAUCCGCCGUAAAAAUUAAAGAAGAUAUUUUACCGUGGGGAAAUACACACGUGGAACUAGAGGGUGAUUCCCAGCUCUUGUAAUGGCCUCCUCAGGCUACGUAGGUGAGAUCCAGCCGGCAGCCCAACCCCAGGGGGCUGGUGUUUCCGUCACACCGGGGCAACCUGACACCAGCUCCACUCCAGCAACUGCCCCUCAGUUUCUUGCUGAGAUUCAGACUACUGUGGCUACUCCCACUGUUGUCACACCCACAGGCCAAGCUACUCCCACUGAACAAGCCACUUCCAUCACCACUCAGAAGCCUGCAGCUGGUAGUCAAGCCCAGUCCACAGCACAGGCCCAGCCAGCUCAGACUCAGUAUGUAACUGCUGAGAUCCAGGGCUCCCCGACACAGUCUGGAAAUGCUCAAAGCACUCCCCAGUACAUUGUUGUUACAGUCACAGAGGGCUCUCUUCACUCAAGUGACAGCGUGUCGGACUCUAGUCCCCCUCCAGCUGUGGUGCAGACAGGAGUUCCAACACAGGUUGUUCAGCAGGUACAGACAGCUCAACAGCAGAGGUCCGUGGUGCAGGCCACCGCUCAGAUAGCCAAGACUGAGCCAGGAACCCAGCUCAGUGUCACUAGUCUACAGCCUGUUCAUAUCAGCCAGGAAGUCCAGCAGCAGCUCACACCAGUGCCAGUCCAACACGUGUACACCAAUCAAGUUCAGUAUGUGGAAGGAGGAGAUACCAACUACACCACCAGCACCAUUCGCUCCAGCACCUUUCCUUACACUGACACACCCCUGUACACCCAAACGACAGCUGCCCAGUAUUAUGAAGGUCAGCCAACAUCAGGCUCACAGGCUUCUACCCCUGGCACCCCUUUAACCGUCUCUGUGACUGCUGGCACAACAGGGGCUGUAUCCAUGUUUGUGGCCCAGCCCACCAGUGCAGCAGGGGGAGGAACCACAGUAGUGACCACAGGUGGCACCACCAAUGGGGCAGGGGAUGGGGCAGGCACCAACGGUGGCGCAGCAAGCAGUUAUGUGAUCCAGGGGGGUUACAUGCUGGGCAGCAGCAGUGGAGGGGCAACUGGCAACAGUCAGAACUACUCACACACCGCCCGCGCCUCUCCAGCCACUGUGAGUAUUACAGAGGGCGAGGAGAGUAGCGUGCCGUCGGCAGACAAGAAGGUACAGUGGUUGCUGGACAACUAUGAGACAGCUGAAGGAGUGAGUCUGCCACGUUCAACCCUCUACUGCCACUAUCUGCUGCACUGCCAGGAGCAGAAACUAGAACCUGUUAAUGCUGCCUCUUUUGGGAAACUUAUUAGAUCUGUGUUCAUGGGGCUACGCACACGACGCUUGGGCACAAGGGGUAAUUCUAAAUACCACUACUAUGGGCUGAGGAUCAAGGCAGGCUCAUCUCUUCUCCGUCUGAUGGAAGACCAGCAACAUCUGGCCAUGAGGCAGCAGCCCUUCUCACAGAAACAGAGGUUGAAGCCUGUGCAUAAAGUGGAAGGAAUGACCAAUGGCACAGCAUCAGGAGCAGGCCAGCAGCAGCAACAGCAGCAGGGGUCAGGACAUGUGGACAUCAGCACCCAGGUUCAGCAGUACCAGCAGUUCCUUGAUGCAUCCAGAGCUCUCCCAGAGUUCCCAGACAUUGACCUCCAGGGGAAGUCUCUGCCAGAAGGCAUCGAGCUGGAGCACAUAAAGAGCUUUCAGCUGCUGUACAGAGAACACUGUGAGGCCAUUCUGGAUGUGAUGGUCAACUUGCAGUUUACCCUGGUGGAAACACUGUGGAAGACCUUCUGGAGGUUCAGCCAGAGUCAGGCUGGAGAUGCCACGUUGGCUGUUCAUGAUGAGUCAGAGAAGCGUCUCCCUAAAUCCUGCCUGGUGUUGCUGUGCAAGUAUGAGCCAGUGCUGCGCUGGAGCCGUGAUUGUGACAACAGCCUGUACCAGGGCCUGGUGGAGAUCCUCAUCCCUGAUGUCCUCAGGCCCAUCCCCAGUGCCUUAACUCAAGCCAUCCGCAACUUUGCCAAGAGCCUGGAGAGCUGGCUGACCAAUGCCAUGAUGAACAUCCCGGAGGAAAUGGUUCGCAUCAAGGUAACUUCAGCCAAUGCAUUUGCUCAGACACUGCGUCGCUACACCAGUCUGAACCACCUUGCCCAGGCGGCCCGAGCUGUCCUCCAGAACACAGCUCAGAUCAACCAGAUGCUCUCUGACCUCAACCGCGUUGACUUUGCUAACGUCCAGGAGCAGGCUUCAUGGGUGUGCCGGUGUGAAGACCGGGUUGUCCAGCGGCUGGAGCAGGACUUCAAGCUGACCCUUCAGCAGCAGAACUCCCUGGAGCAGUGGGCUGCAUGGCUGGAUGGUGUGGUCUCCCAGGUCCUAAAGCCGUACCAGCACAGCCCCGCCUUCCCUAAGGCCGCCAAGCUCUUCCUGCUCAAGUGGUCCUUUUACAGUUCCAUGGUGAUCAGGGACCUAACCCUGCGGAGUGCAGCCAGUUUUGGUUCCUUUCAUCUGAUCCGCCUGCUGUAUGACGAGUACAUGUACUACCUGAUAGAGCAUAGAGUGGCCCAGGCUAAAGGAGAGACCCCCAUUGCUGUCAUGGGAGAGUUUGCCAGUUUAGGCCGGGGUUUAAACCAGCUGGACCCUGACAAAGAAGAGGAUGAGGAAGAGGAGGACGAGAGUGAUGAGGAGGGUCAGGAGCUGUCCCUUCCCUCAGAUGGGGCGGUGCUAGGAGAGGAGUCUCUGGAGCCUCCUGCCAAGCUGGCCAGAACCGACCAGAGAGUCCUCUUCACCACCGGGUCAGCUGACAACUAACCACAGAGUAACACUGCUAGAUGUGGGUUGAUUAUAUCAUAGAUCAUAAACACACUCACACACACACACACACACACACACACACGUGUACACAUAAUGUAAAAAAAACACUAAUUUAUACUCUUGACACUUGUAUAUAGAUCUUGUAAAUGUGUGUGCACACUCUCGCUGCAUACUGUAACUGUCCCACUUGUUUACGACACACACAAACACACACACACACACACAAACACACACACACAAUGAAAACACACACUCAUUCAGUAACUGCUGCUGCCUGGAUGGCACAACCACCUGUUGGCACCAUUGAUUCAUUACAAAAUCAUUGGCAUUGCAAUAGGAUGUGGCUUCAAAAACCAGACUCUCUCGAUGCAAAGAGAAACACAGAGCAUUUUAACCUUCAGUUGUAUGGAUUUGUAAAAAAUGAACUAGAGCCAGGCAUGCGUGUGUUUUUUGUUUUUUUUCUCUCAUUGCAUUGCAACCUGUAGCCUCGCUGUCUCCUCAUUGAGAAAGUUAUGCUCACUCUAGAUCCUCCUGAAAUUGUCACUGCCGUAUCAAAGUGAUCUUGACAAUACUGUGAUGUGUGUGUGUGUGUAAAGGUAACUUCUACAGGGAGAGGGAGGGGUGGGCCUUUUAUAGUAAGUGGUUGCUGAAUUUAGUUGUUACUAAUUCAUUCAUAAGGUAAGAGACAUUUGUUAAUGACAGCAGACGGAUGGACUCAUGGGUGGAUUUGUUUUGUUUGUGUGUGUGUGUGUGAGAGUGUGUGUGAGAGUGUGUGUUUUUCUGUCUGCUUGUAGGAGCACUGGGGUCUCACUGCUCUGCUCCUACUUCUGGAAGCUGACUGAACAUUGCUUCUCCAUGAUGGUGUAUGUUUAUUUGUGUGUCUGGUUGUGUGAUUGUGAGUCAUGCCAAGUGUUGACUGUUUUCUUCUGUAGAUAUUUUCUAAGGCAUUCAAAGGUUUUGAUUCGGGAGAUGUGUGUAGAUUCUCCGUUUGAUUUUAUUCGCCUGUAAAGAAAAUGUUGUGUUCUUGGAGUGCCUGUCGCAGCUGCUACACACACUUGUAAAGAUAAAGCUACAGCUGUGGAAUAGGGGCUCCCAUUAGUUGCUGCAAAAAAUCCUCUCUCUUUUAUUGAACAUCUGGUUCCAUGAGAGAGGUACUGUAUGUGUCAUAUAUUUAAAGUGCUUCAUUCCUGUCCAUUCCAAGUUCCUCUGUUGCCUCAUUUUCCUUUGACAUAUCAUUUUCUUGCCUUAUUUCAAUAUGUUUAUCCAUGUGUUUGCCAAACCUGUUUGCUUUGAUUCCAGAUCCUGUUGUUUUUAAAUUCUCUCUCUAUGUUUUAAGGAGGACUGUGCCUGAGUAAGAACGGUGAUAUACUUAUAUUCUACUGUAUAUUUAUCCACUAUUUUGAAUUUUGUUGUCACUAAGUGAACCUCUUGUGCCGUGUAUGGUGCUGUGUCGUCACACAUUGUAAGCAACCUUUGCGUGCAUUAUUGAUUUGUGAUUGUACGUUCAGUUAUCAAUCCUAUUUCAUACCUGAUGACUUUUUCCACAAACAGGCUAAGGCCCUGCCUCUUUGCACAUAUUGACUGUUGUCUUUAAAACUCCAAGAGAGUUAGUCUGAAAUGUUUUUCAUUUUCUUUGAAGUCUUAGGUGUUUUUAAUGGUGGGGUGCAGGUGUCAGAUUUCUCGCACCACUCUGCGUGGUUCAGAGAAUUUGGUGAGAAGUGAGAGAUCUGAUUGCUCUUUCUGCACAGUCCUCCACUGAUGCUCAUCUCCCCUGUCUCACUGCGUUUCCGCCCUCCUGCCAAUGGCUUUGUUUUGCUUCAAACAUCCAUAUUCUUAAACACUGUUCAUCAAGAUUGGUUGUUGCAAACAUGUCAUUUUUGGAUUUUUAAAUACAGUGUCUUUUAAAUAGCUGCAGUGCACAUGUCUUCAAUGAGCACUGCCAGCCUCAAGCCAGCACAUCAUCCUUUAUAUGGAGUCUAAUGCUACCACAGCUGAGUACAUAUCACUCCAGUCUUUUAAUGAUCUACAGCAUAUAGAAUGGCCAUUGUUUACCCAUUAAGAAAAAUGUUAAGUCAUUUUUUAUAGUGCAUUGUUUCUUAUGUACAAAACAAAUUGAGAAAAAAAAAGAUGUUCAGUGGCAGUGUUUUAUGAAUUUGGUCUGCUAUAAGUAUGACUGUGCCUUUGGAGGUGGUAGAAUGCAAUUCAGAUGUUUUUAAUUUUAAAGAUAUAAAUUAAAGAAUUUUUAAAAUUGCA